AUGGGUAUCGAAGAAGGAAAUUACAAGGAGCCAACUACAGACGAGUUGAUGUUCCCCAUGAGGUGCAAAUGUCGCCCUUGCUGUUUCGUUUUUGUUUGUAUUGUGGCCGGUCUUCUUGUUUUUUCCAUUUACAAAGCGGCCACUUACAAAGAACCAGUUCCGAAGAUAGAACUUGCUUCUAUGGAUUUCACGGUGCUUAAUAUCUCAGACACUCGUUUAAGUGCUAAGUGGAAUAUGUCGAUACGGAUCCCCAACGAUCUUCCUGGUAAAUUUAUAUGUUUUCAAGGAGACCUCCAAGCUUCCUUCCUUUACAAGAAUAUUACUCUUGCUACCUCUUCCCAAGAAAAAUACACCAAUCUCAUAUACGAUGAACCUCAGGUUCUUAGGGUUUCAGCGAGUCUCUCUCGAGAAGAUAUUGACGGUUUGAUUGGUAAAGAUAUUACUGAAGAUAUCAAAGAGAAGAAGGAAGUGCGGUUUGGAACGCGUUUUUAUCUCACUGAUUGCAGGAAAAAGACAAGUGGUACUUUGAGAUAUGCAUGUGAUGAUGUCACCUUGCGAUUCGAACCAGGUUCUGAGAUGAAAGCGGCUUUGUUUGGGAAGAACCCUAGAUGUGUCAAUUAUUGA